AUGUCGGAAUCCAUAGAUAUCACUUCGCUCCAGACGCAAUGGCUAGUCACGAACUAUACGGUCCUCUCUGCAUCCAAAUCGACUGCCGGGACAAUAUUAGCGUCCGUAUCUGGCUGCUUUGAGCUACCGGAUACACAGAAACAUGCAGAUAUAUUCAUCCUUCUCGGCACUGUCAUACCGAUCGUCCUAGAGGCUUUCAUGCUUCUAUUACUGCUACUCAAGAUCGGUGGCCUUGGGAGAGAGAUGCGCAUGGUAGGACGAAGGAGUAUCGUUCAUGUUAUGCAGCGUGAUGGAAUCUGGUGCUUUGCGUGGGUCAUGUCCAUGACUAUCCGUCUGGAGAUAUUUACCAUUAACGAGCCAUAUUUCACAGGUAGCAUUUUCGGGAAGAAAUACCUCGGGCGGUUCAACGUCAUGGAUCAUUUUCAACGCUGUGACCGUCAUCUUCCAGACAUUGUAGCCGUAAACAACAUGGUGCUCAACCUCAGAGAAUUCAGUAGCGAGCGGGCGCCAUCGGGCCUAGGAGAAACCUCAAUUCCGGAACUCCAGUUUGCGGCGAAUCGAUAUCUUGGGAAUGUCGGGGCUCCGAUAGAGGCCAUUCCAUCCGAUCGGGCCAUUGGUGAGCUCGAUGUCGAAGUAGAAGAUGGUGGCGUAAGUGAGGUUAGCAUACGCGUCGAAGAGCUCAAGUCGAAUAGUACACAAAUGUAG